AUGGAUAGGACAGAUAAAUUGGUAAAUAUUCUCACAGGCAAGGAUACUUUAGACAUUUGUAAUGAAUUGGAAGAUGGGGAUACCUUAGAUAUUUAUGUGACUCAUGCUGCCCCUUUAUGUGUUGUUAACAUAAAUGAGGCUAGUAAAGGGGUUGGUGGGUCUAAUAGUGGAGCUUUUAAGAGCACAAAUGUCUUAGAAGAAGAGGAAGAUAAUGAAUCUGAAUCUGAAUCUGCCCCUACUCAUGAACCUACCCCUUCCCCUUCCCCUUGCCCUUCUCCUUCUCCUGAACCUGCUCCUGUCCCCGCACCUUCAAGAGAACAAGAGAGUGGAGUAGAUAGUGAAUCAGACUUUGAUAAUAGUGAAGGUAAGGAUGACAAUGAGAAUGAUUCAGACUUUGACAAUAGUGAUAGGGAUAAAAGUGAUGGAGUAGAUUUACAUGUUUCUGAUGACAAGGAUUAUGGAUCUGAUGUUCAUGAAGAAUUUGUAGAGUAUAAGGAUGAACUGAAGAAGUAUAGGAGGAAAAUGAGUGAAAGGCCAAAAGAUAGAGGUGAUAUUAACCUAGGUGAUGCAGGAGUUGAUAUUGGUUUUGAUGAAUUAAGAACUGGUAGCAAGCAAGAUAGGUACACAGGCUUAGUAGGGACAGAUGAGCCUUACUUUGGGUCUUCAGAUGCUGAAAGUUUUCCUUCAGAUGCUGAAGAUGAAUUUGAUGAAGAACAUAAGGAGAAAAUAGCUGCCAAGAGAAGGAAGAAAGCUCUGAUAUUUGGUCCAACUGUCAAGAAAAUAACCUAG